CUGUUCUGUAAAACUUGGAUUUUUUUUUUUAUUUUUAUUCAUGAGAUUUUAAACGCAAAAAAAUUCUUUGAUGGAUUUCAUGUUGGCGGACACCGUGGAUCGCCUCUUGUGGUUCCGGAGAAUACCAUAGAAAGUUUCAAAGAGGCUCUUUCAUCGAAGAUGGAUCUUGUAGAAUUUGAUUUAGCGUUGUCGAAAGAUGGUGUUGCUGUUAUAAUGCAUGACGAUAACUUAUUGCGAACUUGUGGGGUUGAUGGCCUUGUUUCGUCUUUUACUUUGGAAGAACUCGCCAAGCACGAUGCUGGACGCACAUUUUACAGAGACAGGGCGGAUAAAAUUGAAUGUAAAAUUCCUACCCUGAAAGAAGUAGUCGAAUUUUGUAAGACUAACAAACUCCGAAUGCUUUUUGACGUGAAGGAUGGAAGUUUAAAGAUGGUUUCACAAAUAGUGGAAAUUAUCAAAGAGGAUGAUUUGUUUGACCAAGUAAUAGUUUCAUCAUUCUUCCCGUGGGUUUCAUAUGCUGUCAAGAAAGCGGAACCACGCAUUCUAACCGGAAUUACGUGGCGCUCGUAUUUCUUUAGUUACACUGAUUUGGACAACUGUGUCAAACGAUUCAGUGGUCUAAUCCAUUACGCAGCAGUUCUUGUAGAUAUUAUAAAUAUGAAACUGCUUCUUUCUAUUUUACCAAAGUUUUUAGGGGUAGAAAUGAUGCUAACACAUGAACAAGAAAUAUCUGGGGCGUUAGUGGACAGAAUGAAGAAACAAGGGAUUCAGGUGGUUGCUUGGACAGUGAAUAACAAGGCACAGAUGAUGUAUUACUUGGAUGUGCUUAAAGUUAGUUGUUUGUAA